AUGACUCCGAGUUCAUGGACAAACAGUCUUCGGCAGUCUCUAGUCGCAGGCGGCAUAUUGGCCAUUCCCUUCAUCUUCAACUAUUUGCUCACACUAUCACUGUACCAUUGGGCAAAUAUGCGAAGGAAACCGGGGCAGACGCCACCUGAGUAUCCUGCAAUGCCCAUCAUAGGAAGCACUUUUUCGUUCUUGUGGGACAGCGCUUCCUUUGUGGCAAAGGCAACAACAUACGCCGGCAAGCUGACCUGUGUCCGUAUUUCACUGCUCAUCAAUGGCAUCUAUCUCGUCUCCGAACCCAAAGCCAUUGCCGAUAUGUGGAAGAACCCAAACCUUUCCAGUCCCAUCUACGUGUACACCGUGGGACUGCGUUACAUCUUCGGCAUGCACGAGAAAGGCAUCGAGGCCUACACAGCUGAUGACUCGGGACCAUAUCGCAAGCCUCAUCCAUUUAGCAAUGUUGAGCCCAACAACCGCAUCGACUUUCUCACCCAUGACUCGCUGCUCCGCGGGCUGACGAGCCACGCGAUGCUACGAAUAUUUGAACGGUUUCAAGCCAUCCUCAAACGAAACCUCGACACCGAAGACAUUGGCGAUGAAUGGAUCGAGCAACCUGAUCUCUUCACCUUCUUCCGUAACAAUGUCGGCAAGGCAGUCCUGGAAUCCCUCUUCGGUCCAUCCCUCCUCGCCAUCAACCCAAACUUCACCAGCGACCUCUGGGAAUUCGACGAGCAAGUCGUCAACCUCGCCAAACGCCUUCCCCGCUUCCUAAUCCCCAACGCCUUCCGCGUCCGCGAGCGUCUCCUGUCCCAAAUUCAAAACUGGUACAACUACGCACGCCAGCACUUCCGCGACAGCAACACCGACCAAGACACCCAAUGGGACCCCUACUGGGGCUCCAUCAUGAACCGCGAGCGCCAGUCGAUGCUCCUCAGCAUCUCAGGCCAAGACGACGCCGCCGUCGCCUCCACCGACCUCGGUCUCAUCUGGACCUCCGUCACCAACGUCGUGCCUUCCACCAUGCUAACCGCCUUCCACAUCUUCUCCGACCCCGCCCUCCUCUCGCGGAUCCGCACCAGUAUCUUCGACUCCGUCUCUCACACCCCCACCUCCGGCUUCUCCGCCUCCAUGGACAAGCUCCUCCAAAAAGACCUCUUACAAUCCGUCUACGCAGAGACACUCCGCUUGUACGUCCAAUCCUACAUCACGCGCUGUUCCGCACACGAAUGCAUCACUGUGGGCGACUGGACACUACCCCGCAACGAAGUCAGCAUGGUGAGUUCCUACGUCGCACACAUGAACACGUCGCUCUGGAACGAGCAAGACGGCGCUCACCCCGUUACUUCCUUCUGGGCCGACCGCUUCAUUCUCGACCCAGCGGACCCCUCGUCGGGACCCAUGGAUCCUUCCACCCCCGAAGCCACGGAAAUCCGGUCUAAACUCUCCACCAAGGAAAAGCAUUUCUCGGCAAAGGGGCUCGCGGGCGCGUGGAUACCGUAUGGAGGCGGUUUCAGCGCGUGCCCGGGGAGGUUGCUAGCGAAGAGGAUUAUCCUGUAUACGUGUGCGUUGCUGGUGAGUGAGUUUGAGGUUGAAGUCAAAGAUAAGGCGUUUGAGAUGGAUUCGUCGGGGUUUGGGCUGGGUACGCAGAAGCCGAAGACGAAGAUUGGGUUUAGGAUUCGGAGGAGGAGGGGAGAUUAG